CUCAAAAGGUUUUCAUCACUUACAAUCUUCGAUUCUUUUGGUAGAGGGAGUUGUUCCCGAUCACCUACAAUGUCCGAUUGAUCGGUUCUUCAGUGACGCUCCGCUGAAGACCCGUCUUAAACCAGCUCUUUGGUCAACUUAUGAAGUCUUUUGUAGUACCCGGUGUGAAGUCGCAGCUCAAAAUUUCUGUGCGCACUUUUCUGUAAGGAACUGCAAAGGGAGCAGUGUCGAUCAGUGGGGUACCAGUUACGUUACUUUUGAUAUCAAGCAAGCACAUUCGGUGGUAUUGAUCCGAGGAUUUUUACGUAUUUAUUCGUCAUCCGAAUCGACCUCGUACGAAUUCACAUGAUGGAUAUGAAGGCGAAAGCAGCGCUGCAGCUCUUGAUCCUGUUAAUGGUGUUCAUGGGGACUCUCCACUCCCACACCCACAUGGUGACAGCAGUUCGCAGUCCACCUUCCGACUUUGAGGACCAGACACCCACCGUAGUGUUUCCUCGCACCGCUGUCUUGGAUGAGAGAAGCAACCGUGAUGGUGAGGCUGGAUCGGAGGCUGGUGAUUUGCCACAACCUUUUCCUAUUCAUGUCCACGGGACUUCAUUGCGUAACAAGAAAGGUGGAACUCCAUCGAGUCCGAGCUCCAUGCAGCACAGAACCAUGCCCUGAACGUGGCAGCUCCAUGCUGCUGUCUCCCCUUUGGACGUUUCUAUUAUGCUUGUGAUUUGCAGUCGUGAAGCAUCGCAUUGUGUCAUGGAUGGUACACGGUACGUCG